CUUGCCCGCCCGUCCCCUCGCCGAUCGAUGACCGCACCUCCCACCACAUCUGACUAACUCCGGCCAGGGACGCAUCGCCUUGGCUGUAUAUAUAGGAAGCUAGCGGACGACCCGCGCGCCCCAUAAAUCGCCAUGGCCUCCGUGGACCUGCAACGCCUGCGCCACAUGUUACUCACCACCGGCGCCGGCGCCGGCCACCACCAGCUCGCCUCCGCUGCUGCUAUGCCAGCGAGUGGGCCUUGUUAUGGCGCUGCGAUGGCGUGCCAGCCGGGGCAGCCGUACGCGGACCUCUUCACGCUGCCGCCGCCGCCGACGUCGUCGGUCGCGGAUCAGUAUUCGGAGUUCUUGGCGAUGGCUGGGGCUGAUCUGGUGAAGAAGGGCGUCAGCCCCGACGGUGCUCAGGAAAUGAUCACCAAGAAGCGGAGGCGCGACGAGCAGUCGUCGAUGCUUGGCGCGGUCGACGUUCUUGCGGCCCACGCGCAGCAGCAGACCAUCGACGUCGACCGCAUCCUGCUCAAACAUGUGAAAACGAUGUGGACUACUCUCGCGGAGCAGAGGCAGACCCACACGAGGCUCAUCAUCUCGACCGUGGAGGCCAGGGCGGCGAAGCGGCUCAAGGCUAAGGACGAGGAGAUUGAGCGGAUCAGGAUCAUGAACUGGGCGCUCGAGGAGCGCCUUCGGAACCUCUUCAUGGAGGCCCAGAUGUGGCGCGACGUCGCGCAGUCCAACGAGGCCACGGCCAACGUGCUCCGCGGCGACCUUCAGCGGGUGCUCGACGCCCAGGCGGUCCGUGGCGGUGGAAUAAGCGGCGACAGUCAGGAGGAGGACGCAGAGUCGUGCUGCUGGGGGGAGAACCAGGCGCCCUUAUGCGCGGAGGAGGACGUGGGCACGCCGGCAGUGGAGGAACGUCCCGCGACAGGAGCAGGAAGGUGCAAGGCGUGCCGCGAGGGCGCGGCCGUUGUGCUGCUGCUGCCGUGCCGGCACCUCUGCGUGUGCGCACCGUGCGCGGCCGCGGCAUUGGCGUGCCCGGCGUGCGGAAGCGCCAAGAAUGGCAGCGUCUGCAUGCAUCAACUUUUCGUGAUGCGGGAGGAAUAGUUUUAGAGUCGGCAUUUUGUUUCCUUCUGAAACUUACUAGAGUCGACUUUUGUUUGUAUUCCUUUGUUCACUUUUUUGUUGUUGACGGGGUGAUACAUAGGAGGCUGGUUCGAUGACAUAGAUAUGAGAGGAUUAGUUUUCCCUUCUUUUGUCUAAAGUUUAGCUUUUUAACUGAAGCUAUUGGAUCAAUUGUUCAACAAGAAGAAAAACAGUUCGUAGUAUUGCAGA